CAGCGACAGCGACGACGACGACUCUGUGGGCCGCCGGCUCCGCUCCGCUCGGCCCGUCCCCGUCCCGGCUCUCAUGGGCCCGGCUGGAGCUGCGAAGGAUUGUUGCGGAGAAUCCCUGUGAGUCCCCAUCUCCCGAGAUGGCUGACUCCGCUGGUGUUGUGAGCGGGCGUCUGAGCAGGGGCAAACUGCCCAGUCGGAAGGGGACGAGACAGCUUUGAAAGUGCACAGACCCACCUUGGCUAUGAGUGACUCCGCCGUAGACACGCCACAACCAGGGGAAGCGUUGGAGGAGACGGCAGUUGCGGCGUCACCCCAAGGAAAUGGAGGGGCGACAACGGGUCUCGGGGUCAUCACGGAAGGCAUCAGCGAGCUGUCGGUCAUCGACCCAGAGGUGGCCAAGAAGGCCUGCGAGGAGGUCCUGGAGAAGGUCAAGCUGAUGCACUGCAUCUCGCCCGACGGAUCCAUCCGGUUGAGGGACGGCGGGGGGGCGGGGGGCGCCCGGCGGCCUGGCCAGGUCCUGCCCAACGGGGAGUGCUGCGAGAUCAAGUGCCUGGAUGACCCGCCUGAGAAGAUCCGGGAGGAGGACGAGCCUGUGGCCAACUCCGUGAAGAGUGCCCGGCGGCGCCAGAAGAACAACUCGGCCAAGCAGUCCUGGCUCCUGCGGCUUUUCGAGUCGAAGCUCUUCGACAUCUCCAUGGCCAUCUCGUACCUGUACAACUCGAAGGAGCCCGGGGUGCAGGCCUACAUCGGGAACCGGCUCUUCUGCUUCCGGAACGAGGAGGUGGAUUUCUACCUGCCGCAGCUGCUGAACAUGUACAUCCACAUGGACGAGGACGUCGGGGACGCCAUCAAGCCCUACAUCGUGCACCGCUGCCGCCAGAGCAUCAACUUCUCCCUCCAGUGCGCCCUGCUGCUGGGGGCCUACUCCUCGGACAUGCACAUCUCCACCCAGCGCCACUCCCGCGGGACCAAGCUGCGCAAGCUCAUCCUCUCGGACGAGCUGAAGCCGGCGCACCGGAAGAGGGAGCUGCCGUCCCUGAGCCCGGCGCCCGACACGGGGCUCUCCCCAUCCAAAAGGACUCACCAGAGAUCCAAGUCGGACGCCACCGUCAGCAUCAGCCUCAGCAGCAACCUGAAGCGGACGGCCAGCAACCCCAAAGUGGAGAACAGUGACGAGGAAUUGUCAUCGAGUGCGGAAAGCCUUGAUAGAUCAUUUUGCUCCCCCAUCCGCCUCGCCCCCGAGCGAGAGUUCAUCAAGUCGCUGAUGGCCAUCGGGAAGCGGCUGACCACGCUGCCCACCAAAGAGCAGAAGACCCAGCGCCUCAUCUCGGAGCUCUCCCUGCUCAACCACAAGCUGCCGGCCCGCGUCUGGCUCCCCACCGCAGGAUUUGACCACCAUGUGGUGCGGGUGCCCCACACCCAGGCGGUGGUGCUGAACUCCAAGGACAAAGCUCCUUACCUAAUCUACGUGGAAGUACUUGAAUGUGAAAACUUCGACACCACUAACGUUCCGGCCCGGAUCCCGGAGAACCGCAUCCGCAGCACGCGGUCCGUGGAGAACCUGCCGGAGUGCGGGAUCACGCACGAGCAGCGGGCCAGCAGCUUCACCACCGUUCCCAAUUACGACAACGACGACGAGGCUUGGUCCGUGGACGACAUCGGGGAGCUGCAGGUGGAGCUUCCUGAGAUCCACACCAAUAGCUGCGACAACAUCUCCCAGUUCUCCGUGGACAGCAUCACCAGCCAAGAUAGCAAAGAGCCGGUCUUCAUAGCCGCCGGAGAUAUCAGGAGACGCCUCUCAGAGCAACUCGCCCACACUCCGACGUCGUUCAAGAGAGACCCCGAGGAUCCGUCCGCUGUUGCCCUGAAAGAGCCGUGGCAGGAGAAAGUCAGGAGGAUCCGGGAGGGGUCUCCGUACGGCCACCUGCCCAACUGGCGCCUCCUCUCCGUGAUUGUGAAAUGCGGCGACGACCUCCGGCAAGAACUGUUGGCCUUCCAGGUUCUCAAGCAACUGCAGUCCAUCUGGGAGCAGGAGCGCGUCCCCCUGUGGAUCAAGCCCUACAAAAUCCUCGUCAUCUCGGCCGACAGCGGCAUGAUCGAGCCGGUGGUCAACGCGGUCUCCAUCCACCAGGUCAAGAAGCAGUCGCAGCUGUCCCUGCUGGACUACUUCCUGCAGGAGCACGGCAACUACACCACCGAGGCCUUUCUGACAGCUCAGCGCAACUUCGUGCAGAGCUGUGCCGGCUACUGCCUGGUCUGCUACUUGCUCCAGGUCAAAGACAGGCACAAUGGCAAUAUCCUCCUGGAUGCAGAUGGACACAUCAUCCACAUAGAUUUUGGGUUCAUCCUCUCCAGCUCCCCCCGGAAUCUCGGUUUUGAGACGUCGGCCUUCAAGCUCACCUCGGAGUUCGUCGAUGUCAUGGGCGGCCUGGACGGAGACAUGUUUAACUACUACAAGAUGCUCAUGUUGCAAGGCCUCAUCGCCGCUCGGAAGCACAUGGACAAAGUCGUGCAAAUUGUGGAGAUCAUGCAGCAAGGUUCCCAGCUUCCCUGCUUCCACGGCUCCAGCACCAUCCGGAACCUGAAGGAGCGUUUCCACAUGAACAUGACGGAGGAGCAGCUGCAACUUCUCAUCGAGCAGAUGGUGGACGGCAGCAUGCGCUCCAUCACCACCAAACUCUACGACGGCUUCCAGUACCUCACCAACGGCAUCAUGUGACCGCUCGCCCUGCUGGCCGCCGCCUCCCCGCCGCCCGUCCGGAACUUUGGAACUUUUCCCGGAGCGCGUAGGGUGGGUGGGUGGGCGGGUGGAUAAAAGGGUGGGCGUAGCUCCCCGGCCACCCCAAGCCGUUCCCUUGCUCCGUCGGCCGCGCGCCCCCACCCCGCCACGACCACAGUGGCGGCUUGAGCCGGGCGCCGCUUUUAACCGGAUCCUUUUAGACACUCGCCGGGGGAGGAAGGAAGAGAAGUCUUGAACUCGUCGAAACACUUUCCGUCAUGUGAAAUGCGGAGGAUCAUGUGGACAACUCGCUGAGAUUUGCCUUGGGAGCCACGAGCAAAGGCCGGAGCCUUCGAUCUCCGGACAUCCGGAAAGCCGUGUCGUGCGCCUGUCUCCCCUCACGCACCUCCUUCCCUCCCAUCCCCCCCCCACGGAUCUUUUUAUUUCAGUAUUAUUAUACCUCUUUGCACCCUCUAAACUCUCUCCCAAAUGUUCUAUGGGUCCAGGUGAGAGGGAGGUUUCCCCUUACAGCGGGGCGAAGAAAUCUUGGCACUGUGCACCUCCUCCUCCUCCUCUGAAGGUCCCUGCAGCCGAGAUGCAUCCCUUCCCACCCACCCCGUCACACCCCCGCGUGUCUCUGUGUGUGUCUGCGUCUCUGUCAAGGCGAUUAAAUUCCCAACCCCAUUUUUUCUUUCCCUGCACAUUUUAAUGCAAGCUGUAAAGUCGCAAAUUGCACAAAUCUGGAUUUUUAAUUUUUAUUUUAUUAACAAGCCCGGCGUUUGCUCCCCGCCGCUGCUCAGAACGCAGCUUCAACGUCCCCUUGAGCAUCAGGGCGUGCGCGCGUCUAGGGAGGCGCUGUCUCUUGCCUUCCACAAAAACGCCUCUGGGUUUUCCCUUUCGCCUCUUGAUAACGUCCGUCAUUUUCACGGUUCACGUCAACGAGGGAGGGGUUGGGGAAGGCGACGGGCAAAAAGAGCCGGGCCGUUUCACGUGCUUUCCUUGGGUUGGGUUGAAACCGCCUCGUGCUGCGGCAGAAAAGUCCCCCGCCGCAGUUCGAGGUUAGUCAGAGGAGAUUGACGUACCAGGCACCAGACUCCUUAACUUAAACGUUCGUUCUUUCUGGAGUGUUUGGACAUGGGGUUUCCCACUCGUAUGACUGGGCGACCUGGCUUCCUCUCUCUCUGAUUGGCCAAGUAGAAGAUUCUUCGGGAUCUCUCUCUUCAUGGUAACAAUUGCCCCGGUCUGCAGCUCCUGGCAAAGAGAAGCAAAAUAUUUGGACCGCUACUGUGCUCUUGCCCGUACUAGGAUACUCAAGGAAUUGUAUCCUCUUCAUUAGCAAAGCUUCCUCUUCCUGUCCCCCCCACCUCCAUCGUCCUUGGGGUCUUCGACAGUGCCUUCUCCAUCUUUGCUUACCAUAGCAAGUGCGCAGCCAUCCGCCAUCUUUAAAUUAAAAAGCAUUUUCCCCGUCAGCGCGAAAGGAGCUCUGCACACAGCUCCCCUGAAAACGCGAAUGUUUUGCAAUACGAAUUUCAUAAACGAUUCUACCAGUGUAUAUACAUGCGUGUGUGUGUGUGUGUAGGGGGGUGCCUUUACCCUAACCACUCACCCCAAUUUCCCAAGAACAGACUUUUGGGUGGUACUUUUGACCCACAGAAAACGUGAUGGUUUAUUUGGUGCAUUUCUAUGUAUGCAGAUCUGAAAUUUGCCUCUCCUUUUGGGGGGCGGGGUGGAACGCUAUGAUUCCGGUGUGUGUGUGUCCCCAAUAUCUCAUUUUCCCUCCCGAUCUUCCUCUUAGCCUGUUCCCAAACCUCCUUUCUGAACAUGAUUCCCCCCCCCCCACGCAAUACAAGGUUUGUGUGCGUCCGUGUGUAGCACUUAAUUCCUGCAACUCUGAAAAAAAACCACACCACUCUCUCUUUUUCCUUUUAAAAAUUGCUGGUUGUAAAAGACAAUUUGUGGUUGAGGGGGACGACGAGGAGAAUCGGCAUAGAAAUGGCGCAUAAAAUGAAAAGCGAGUUGGCA